AACAACAACGCGCCGCUACCGUUGCGAGAGCAUCUUCAAUAUCCGUCUGCCAGCAGCUUUUUCUUCCCCCGGUCGCACACACGCAUCGAGAAGAAUCUAUAGAUAUCCAAGGAAUCAAUAGGCCCUGCGCGGUGUGCUGGGUGUCGGUGCACUCUUUUUCGGCAUCCCAGUAGUUUUAUCGGAAAGAUUCUCUGCUGCCCGCAACAAUCGGGUUAGCGUGCGGGUGCGCGCGUGUGUUUGUGAAUCGGUACACGAUUUCAGUGCAUGCAGUUUAGCGCUGCGAACGAGUUUGUCCAUCGUUAAAUGAUACAAAAGUGCAUCUUACGUGAAGAAAACCGAAGAAAUUAUAGCAGAAUCCCUACCCUUGUGCGUGAAGAAGAAGCAAAAGCAAAGGGCGAGUGACGAGCGAUAGCGCCCUCAGCGUACGAAAGUGUGAUAAAGAAAGAAAAAAGCAUCCUCCGUAGGAACCGGACGACCAAAUUCCCGAAAUCUCCACUGCCCCAGAAGCAUCGCAUCAAAAUGGUUAUCAAAGUGUACAUCAGUGGAAUGUCCGGCAACAAAGAGGUGAAGAAGCGCCAGCAGCGGGUCACGAUGAUCAUGGAAAGCAAGCACAUAGAAUACACCGUCAUCGACAUCACAGAGCCGGGCCAGGAGGCGGAAAAGGACUUUAUGCAGACGAACGCCCAGCACAAAGGAUGCACGAUCAGUGAUCCGAACCCGCGGCACGCCCUACCCCCGCAGCUGUUCAACGACACCGAGUACUGCGGUGACUACGACGACUUCGACAUGGCCAACGAGGUGGACAAUCUGGAGGUGUUCCUGAAGCUGGCGGCCCCGGCAGCGCCCGAGCCGGAGCAUAAAAACGGCGACGACUCUGCACCACCUGCCACCGCCGCCGAUGACGAGGACGAGAACAAAGAAAACAAGACUGAAGACAACGGUGCGGCCGGUGCGGAGACGACCGAGGGCGCGAACGAGACGGCGAACGGUCCUCCGGAAGAGGCUGGAGAAGAGCUGGAAGCGGAGAAAGAAGUCUCCGCUAAAGAAAACGAGACCGGCGAUCUGUUGGAGGAACGACAAGAGAACGAUGAGGCGAAAGAUGAGGCUGAAGUGAAAGAGCCGGAAGUGACGAUGGAACAGUCGAAUGAAGAAACGCUUUCUCGAGAAGUGGAUAAUGCAUCGAAUCCAGCAGAGGACAAAUCUGAGGAUGAUCCUAAGUCUAGCGAUGAAGAUGAGCCCGCAAGUCAAGAAACCGUUCAAGUGAAGACAGAUGAAGAACCUCUGCUACAACACGACGAUGAUCCUGAAGCAUCGGAAGAUGCAAAGGCUGACGAACGGGAAGAAACUGUAAUGGAACAUGAUUUGAAUGAAGCUCAAGAAGCUCGCACACACGAAUCCCUUCACGAAGAUCCCGAUCACGAAACAGUGCAAGACACGAUCACGAACGAGCAGGAUGAUGAGCUUAAGGAGGAGGAGAUCUCCAAGAAUGAUGGAGAAAUGCUGGCACAAGAAGACAUUGAAGAGCCGGCGAUCAGCGUCCUCACUACUGAGGUGAACCAAUCUGUCCCAACAAGUAAUCAGGAGCGAAAGGAUCAAAUCGAAGAGAUGGAAGUGGAGCAGGACAUUCAAGCGGAUCCGGACGAAUCGUCCUCGGACAGUGAAGAGAGCUCGGAAGCCGAUAGCCAAAUAGAAAACCCCGCGAAGGCAACCCCUGCUGGGAAGGAAGCAGCGUCCUUGGAAUCCCGAUCCACCGGUGAAGUUGAGGACCCGGUGGCAAUGGAAGCGGAUGCGGAGGAGGAAGAACUCCGACGUGCCUCCGCAGCACUGGCCGGCAAAAGUGAGGACGCCGUAGAGCAGAUCGGGAUGGAUGAGGCGGAGGAAGAGGAGGAGGAGGAGGCAGACGAAGAGGACGACGACGGAUUGGCGGAAGCUGCCAAAGAGGAUGAAAUCUCCAGCAAACUGGUUGAUGCCGACGAUCCCAUGAUGGCGGAACAGGAGCAGGAAGAAUGAAUCCAACUGGCGAUCCGUUAAAGCAACAAGCAAACCAUCUCAUCAGUUUAGCUAAAACAAACCAUCCAAAGUACUCACACCAUCAUCAUCAUCAUCAUCAUCGGAGAACCAUAUCAUCGUUCAUCGACAUCUUUACGCCAACGGGACAUAACCUCACAUCGAGUGCUACUGGCAACGCCUUCCUCAUCACAAGUCCCCAUGGACUGGAAGAGUAACCCUGCCCGCCGAUUCAUCGAGUGAGCAACCAUCAAAUCAAUGGCUGCUUCGAUAGGGAUGCGAGUUUUCGUCUCCGUUCUGUAGCAACGCAAUGGUGGUUGUUGAUGGAGAAGGUCUACGCACGAGCGAGCGGGAGAGGGAGAGACAGCACGAAAACGAAAUAGGAGGAGUGCUUGCGAGAUCGCAUUUAACUUUUAAUCCCGUCCAUCGUUGGAAGUGCGAUGCGACGUCCCCGCCAGGAACAUAUUGUUGUGUGCCUCGUGCAGAAGGAACACAGUGUAUCGACGUGUUGUUGUGCCUCACUAUCUUCAUAAUUGCAAGGUGAUCAUUUGUUAAGGAAACUACGGUCAAUAAAUAAAAGUAAAAAUGUGUGUA